AUGUUCUCAAUAUGCUUUGGAGAGAUAUUGGAUUUACAUGAGAGUUUGUAUGGUGCAAUUCCAGAAGCAUUUGGAAGAUUGUCAAAUCUAAUAGAUAUAGAUCUAUCACAUAGCAGAUUGACAAGUCCAAUCCCUGAAUCUCUAGGAAGAUUAAGGUUUUUAGAAGUAUUAGAUCUAUCCUAUAACCAGAUAAAAGGUCUCAUUCCAACAUUUCUUGGGAAACUUCACAAACUUGACCUUUCUUUUAAUCAAUUGAAUGGUUCAAUUCCAGAAUCCAUUGGAAAGUUAGCAACCUUAACAGAUCUGGAUCUAGAAUUCAAUUGGUUAACUGGCUCCAUCCCAACAUCUUUAGGAAGACUUGGUUCAUUACGAAAAUUUUUGGUUGGUUCAAAUUUGUUAAAUGGGACUAUUCCGGUUUCAAUUGGGGAACUUUCCAAACUCCAUUCUCUAGAUAUCGCUAACAAUUCUUUACAAGGAGUAUUGUCUGAAGCCCAUUUUUCUAACCUUGCGGUGUUGAAGGAGUUGUAUGCUUCUUCUAACAAAUUGAAAUUCAUUGUUUCACGUGAGUGGGUCCCUCCAUUCCAAUUAGAAAGUCUUGAACUCAGUUCUUGCAAUAUCGGAAGUGGAUUUCCGCAAUGGCUUCAAAAUCAAAGGAAACUUGAGCUGUUAGUGUUGUCCAAUGCUACAAUUUCGGGACCUCUCCCCACCUGGCUAUAG